UGCCGAGGCAGAUAUCUAUCGGACGCUAGUGUACGAUGUGGUGCUCAACAUGAUUUGAAUACGGAUAACUGAUCAUCUUAUGGAUCUUAUGGAUAUCUCAUACAUGAACAUAUAUCAAUGAUAAUGGCAACUAAUUCAUCGGAACCUACGGUUCGACGGAAUCGUUAUUCACGGUCGUCUACGACCAGUGUGACGCAACUGUUAUCUGAAAGUUGUUCGAGCCUUCUUCAUCGGUUGACACGGCGUGGACCAUCGGAAAAGCCCACCUACCGCGUGCGGCCAAGCAACAGGCCCGAAGAAAAACCGAUAGAUACUGUGAAAGUUUCUAGUAAAAUAUCAACCGCCGUUCCUGUGACAAUUACCUCUGCCUUGGGAAGUACCAGAAGCCGGCUUGAAAGCAAAUAUUCAGCAGUGUUAGACCGUGUAAAACGUCGGGAAGUUAUAGAUCAUGAUAAGACAUUAGAACCCAGUCCAUUACGUACCCACGGCGCAAAAAAAAGUGCAUCGAGUGUAAUUUUAGGUGAAAAGGCUUAUCCCUAUGUGAGUGCAUUAGAACAAAGUGGUGCUUAUAUGGAUCGCGAUGAUAUAUAUCGUUCGCGACAUCGAAGUAAUGGUAAACAUACGCACAGGUACCAUCAACCUGUGGAAGACGACGAAGCGACACCUACCAAUGAAAUGACGGAGCGAGAAGCCAAACGCAAGGAAAUUCAAAGUCUGAUUAUGAAGUACGCUCAACUAGACGAUCGUCCGGCAGAGCGCCUAUAUCCUUCUGUAAACGGCGAAAUCUCCCGCCAUCAAACACAAUCCCAAACACAGAACCAAGUUGUGCACAAGUACAGGAAGCAAAAAACAUCAUCAGUGUUAUCACCAACUGUCCCAGGUCCAUUCAGGCCUUAUGUUGAAGACGACGAGCACGGUCAUUUGAUAUAUAGACAUGGUGAUAUCUUAUUAAACCAAUACCAAAUUUUAUCUACUCUAGGAGAAGGCACAUUUGGAAAAGUUGUUAAAGUAAAAGAUUUAAAACAAAAUGAUAGAACAUUGGCAUUAAAAAUAAUUAAAAAUGUUGAAAAGUACAGAGAAGCCGCUAAAUUGGAAAUAAAAGUACUAGAAAAAUUAGCAGAAUAUGAUCCUGAAUGCCGCAAUUUAUGCGUGAAUAUGAUUAACUGGUUCGACUAUCAUGGACAUACCUGUAUCGCAUUCGAGAUGUUAGGACUAAGUAUUUACGAUUUUUUGAAAGAUAAUGAUUAUUCCCCAUAUCCGCUAGAGCAAGUCAAGCACAUAUCUUAUCAACUAUGCUGGGCAGUCAAUUUUUUACAUCAGCAUCAUUUGACACACACGGAUUUGAAACCGGAAAAUAUCUUACUAGUUAACUCGGACUACGAUAGUGUAUAUUAUCCCAAAAGAAGGUGUGAAGUAAAACGGGUUAAAUGUUCAGACAUUCGACUGAUCGAUUUUGGAAGCGCAACAUUUGAUCACGAACAUCACAGCACAAUUGUCUGCACGAGGCAUUACAGAGCGCCAGAAGUCAUAUUAGAAUUAGGAUGGUCACAACCAUGCGAUGUUUGGUCUAUAGGGUGUAUAAUGUUUGAACUGUAUCUGGGACUAACAUUAUUUCAAACCCAUGAUAAUAGAGAACAUCUUGCGAUGAUGGAACGAAUUCUAGGCAAGAUCCCAUACAGAAUGGCAAGGAAAUCCAAAACCAAAUACUUCUAUCAUGGACAUUUGGAUUGGGACGAAAAAGGUUCAUCUGGCCGUUAUGUAAAUGACAAUUGCAAACCCUUGAUGCGGUAUAUGCAAUCGAAUGACGAAGAGCACAGACAGUUGUUUCAUUUGAUAUCUCUGAUGCUAGAGUAUGAACCGUCCCAAAGAAUCACAUUGCCGGAAGCUUUAAAACAUCCAUUCUUUCAUAAGGUAUCCAUUAAACAGAAUUCUAAACACAAUCUCGAGCGGAGGGAAAGGUCUCAUAGCUCUUCCAGAUAAAUAAUUUCAAGAUCAUCAAACAAAAA